ACUUAAUUUCGGUCCCUAUCCUCAAACCCUCGUAACCCCUAACAAUCCUCUCUCUAAAACUUAGCCUACACCAUCACCAGCCAUCGGGAGGUCUCUUUCUACCAGCCGCACUUCUCUUCUAUAACGACGAACAAAUUUGGUGGGAGUUUGACAUGAAUAUUGCGUCCUGUUACAAAUUCCAGACAGACCUCUGGAGAAUUAAUUAAAGUUGAGGAACUGUGGAAUAUAUUGUGCUUUACUUGGAUGACUAGCAUAAAAGUGUUGAGCACUGCUUAAAUACUUACUGGAAGAUUUGUUCUGGAAGAUCUGUUCUAAUACUUACUGCUUAAAUACUUCUUGAACAAAGUGAUCAGUUAGCCGAAUACGUUAUAUAUGCUGUUCUAAGUUGUUUUUCAACUGAGGGGAUAUAGAUGGAUUACAAAGCUAUUCUCCAUAAACCAAUGAUUGAGGUUCCUAAUUUGCACGGCUCGAACUCGAUUUCCUACCAAACAGAUCGUGGUUCUGGCACUAAUUAUUCUACGAAAUCUCAUCUAAAUUGGGUGGGAGCUUAUGGUUCAGGAGCAGGUGCUUCUUCGUUAAGGUGUAGAGGGCAGCAAACAGGGGUUUGUCUUGAUAGAAUCAGCGUGAGUAAUCAAAAUGAGUGGGAAUUGGAUGGAAGCAGGAUGAAUGUCGAGAAGAAAUUCAAUGGACAAAUGCAAAUCAAUUUGAGCAGAUUCACUAAUUCUUCAAGAUUGUCUACAGAUGGACCAUUUGUUGAAAAUGAUGAGAAAACUAAUAAUGAAAUCCUUCAAACUUUUUGCAUUCGCGGGAAGUUACUAGAUGCAGCAAAGUUAGUAGAUUUGAUGACUCGUAGAAACCAAAUUCCAGAUUUUUCUUGCUGCAUAAAGUUGAUCAGGGGCCUUGUCAAUAUUGAGCGGACCAGAAAAGCUGUUAAUGUCCUCCAACUCAUGGUUUUGUCUGGUGGGAUUCCAGAUAUUAUCACAUAUAACAUGUUAAUUAGUGGCCUAUGUCGGAAGAAGUAUCUUAAUUCGGCUACUGAUGUCUUGGAGAACAUGAGUUUGAGUGGUUGCCCUCCAGAUGUUAUUACUUACAACACAAUACUACGAGCUUUGUUUGAUAAUGGUAGGUUUGAUCAGGCUAUUCAGUUUUGGAAGGAUCAACUAAGAAAGGGAUGUCCUCCUUAUGUAAUCACCUACACGGUUCUCAUUGAGUUAGUCUGCAAACAUAUUGGAAUUGUACGAGCAUUAGAAAUCAUGGAAGAUCUGGCGGUGGAGGGAUGUUAUCCUGACCUUGUGACCUACAAUUCAAUGAUCAAUAUUUCUUCUAAACAGGGAAACUAUGAUGACACAAUGCUGGUUAUUUGUAAUCUUCUGUCUCGUGGAAUGGAGCCAAAUACUAUUACAUACAACACUCUUCUCCAUUCUCUUUGUACCUAUGGGCGUUGGGAUGAAGUGGAUGAGAUCCUUUUUUUCAUGAAUGAAACAUCACACCCUCCUACUCGCGUAACUUAUAAUAUUUUGAUUAAUGGUUUAUGUAAACAUGGUCAUCUGGAUCGUGCAAUUGACUUCUUUAAUCAGAUGAUUUCCCACAAUUGCUCUCCUGAUAUAAUUACUUAUAACACCCUCCUACGUGCUCUUUGUAAGGAAGCAAUGCUAGACGAGGCUGUCCAAGUUCUUCACUGCUUAUGUGAUACAAACUGCUCUCCUAGUUUAAUCACUUACAAUAUUGUCAUUGACGGAUUGUCAAAGGAGGGUUUUAUGGAGAAAGCAAUGGAAGUGUACAAUAACAUGGUAGAGCACGGGAUUUGUCCUGAUGAGGUUACCUAUCGAUGUUUGAUUUGGGGUUUCUGCCGAGCCGAUCUAGUUGAAGAGGCUGUAGAAUUAUUAAAGGUGAUCGGUAUUAACAAAAACAGGAUAAGAGAUAAUUGUUAUAGAUUCAUUAUUAAGAGAUUGUGCCAGAAUAAAAAAAUGGAUUCCGCAAUUCGAGUCCUAGAAAUUUUGAUAGCAAGUAGACACAAGUCUUGUGUCACAGUUUAUUCAGAAAUAAUUCAUGAGAUUGACAAUGCUGGUAUGCCUGAAGAAGCUGCAGAAUUACGACAGAAAUUGGUGGAACUUCGGAUUUUCAGAGAGUAGCCCUGUUGGAUCACAUGUACUUGGCUCUGAAUCUUCUGCGCUUUACAUCUUCAGUCAGUUCACAUCAGUGUGGGCAGAAAUUAUUUUCUUUGAAAGAAAGGUUUUCUCUUGUUCUUUUUUAUCCAUGCUCUCUCGUGAAAUAUUUGGUGUUUGGAUAGCAUGCUGGCCUAUGCCCAAUUGCCCAUGAUCCAAUUCUUCUGACACCUUAGAAUAUUACUGUUUUGGUACAUAACCGUGGACAUUAUGAUGUGAAUGCUUGGAUAAUAAAUUACCUUGGUUUUACUUUGGAUAGAUGGAAAGCGAUGUGGUUUUAAUACUUAAUAUGAACAUAUCAAUUCAGACUAAUGUUUCUAGCAUAAUUGUUGUAUUGUCUAUUUUAUUCAUUCAAAGUAAUGAUUUCUACGCACUGAUUUGCAUUAAUCUUUGUGCAAACAAAUGCUAAAAGGUGUGUGUUCUGUGAAUGGAGUUUGUGUAAAAAUUUGUCCUGUUUUAUGAGAGGAACUGUCUAUGCUGGAUGGAGUCGUCGAUGUAAUAUUUUGUGCUUCUUUCUUUCUUUUGUUUUGUUAACGUCCUAGAAGAAGAUCAUGCUCUCCACAUUUACAUCUCAUUUUUUUUCCCAGCAAAUAUAUUUCUUUCAUCGUAACAAUUAAUUGUGUAUGAAAGUUUAAAUGAAAUGGGGUAAAACAGAAGUGAGUCUUUAUACGCUAGUCGAGGAGCUUAUUAAACUUGACUAAAAUGACUCAGAAUGUUCUAAUAUUUUUCUUACUGAUUUUUAUUUUUGGUUUCCUGAUGGGGGCAGAACUGUAAUACGUGGUAGUGAACUAUGCUGUAAAAAAUGAAUGAAAUAUGCAGCCAAAGCUAGACUCAAGAGGCAAUGGGACAAGCACCAACAAAUAGUUUGGGAUGUUUAUGGAUUUCCAAGCAGCAUGCUACGAGAGAUCGACCUGGUUUUUUCUUCAUACAUAGGCUGUUAUUUUGCAGAAAUAUAGGCUGCUAUUAAAAUAUCAACCAAUCUUUGGAGGCAUCACUUGGCAAUUGUUAAGGAAGUUUGGAUCGGCUAUUCCACAAAUUGUUUCUUUUUCUCUGUUAUUUUAGGCGUUCAUGAACUUGUGCUUAAAUCCAUGUACGAGAGUAGAUACAAUGUUGCUUUAUAUAUUGCUUAGAAUGUAAAGUGAGCUUAAACAUUGUUGGCCAUGAUUAGUAUUAAAUAAUAUUAAUUUAAAAUUUGGAUA